UUGACGUUCUGUACGUUGUUCAGACUUAUGAUAAUCUCUGAGUAUUUCUGUUUAGGUGAUAUUUCAAGUGCGCACCUGUGUCUAGAUUUUUUAGUGCUGGAAGAAAAUUUGAUACUUUAUGAUUUGACUUGAUUUGAGAGCAAAUGCGUUGCUCUUGAAGACAAGAUUUUUUGUGGAUACUUUUAAACUUAUCGUCAUUGUUCGUAUAGGACUAGUGUUUUGCUUUGACAAAUCAUCGUUUGAACUGCUCAAAUUUAACUGAAGACAUCAUCGAAUUGAGCUUUGCUGCUUGUUGAAAUGUUUAUUGUGCAUGUUUCAUAUUGAUUUCUUAUUCUUUGAGAACAGAAAAGCUUGUUUAUUCCUCGUUCGAAUACUGAAGUGCUGCUUUCUCCGAAAACCGAUAUUAAAUGUGUUCUUUGAAGAAGCUUUCUUAAUCGACUUAGAUGACUUAUUUCUAUUUUUUUGCGCCUACGUCUGAGAAAAUUACAGUGAAUGUAACGUUUAGGCAAACUUAAUAAGUGAUGCUCAUCAAUUAUUUAUACUUCACCAUGAGCUCGGAGAGUCAGGGGCUUAUUUUUGAAGACCUUACUCCCAUUUUUGGACUUCGCCCCUCCAUGCUUCCAACCUCUUCGCGCCGCCACUGCGAGUUCAACAUGUUUCAAUUGGUCAUCUGUUCAAAUAUUAAUUUCCACUGUCUAGCAUCAAUUAGACAAUCAUUAUUUUCAUGUUCAUUAUCAAAUAAGAAUGAAAAAUAUUCAUGUUGUGAAAAUUUUUUCAAAAAGUGAGAAAACGAACUCAUAUUAUUUUGAAAAUAACACAUAUUGAGAUUAAAUUCGACAAUGCAUAGUUUUCUUGAUCAUAACGGAACGUAUCAUAAUGACUUUCUAAAAAGGGUUUUCUUAACUUUGGUGUACAACGACAUAGUUUGAUUAAAUCAUUUAAAUUUUCUACUUUAAUUGAUAAUAUUUCCAUAUUUGAUGGUACAUGGAUCAUAUCUUUGUCUCCAGUGUUAAAAUAAAAAUCAAGUAAUGAGCGUCACUUUAAUACAGGUAAGGACCAUACAAGAGGAAAUAAUUGUUGCAUAUUUUGAUUUCAAGGAAAUGCCAACGUGCCAAAAUUCAAUUUUUAAAGGAGUGGGGCGGAUAAGACCAUUUUUCGGCCCGGAAUAUUUUUUGAUGAAAACCAUCGGAUUAGAGGUUAUUCGACAUGAUGAACAAAAUGGCGUUUACCGUUUUUCGAAAUUCAGACUUUCGAUUUUUUCGACCUGUGGUACCCCUCAGGAAAAGUGAAAAAUUAUUUUUCUCUGAUCUUUUAAAAAAGACAUGUAAUCGAUGCAGAAUUUUGCGCUAAUUUCGAAUAUCACUUUGGUGUUGAGAAAAAAUGGAAUUAUCACGGCGAAAAAUGCAUUUUACUUUGGGAAGAUCAUUGACCAUAAUAAUUAGAAAACACGCUACGUGCUUUGUAAAAGUGCAUUGCAGAACAGGAAAAAGUGUGUCUCCUAUCCAAAAUUAAUUGCUCUAUCUAGUGCAUUGCAAAAAGAAGUUUUAAAACUACUUUUUGUAUCAAAAAUCGUAAAACCAGGGCCAAAAUCUUGAAAUUUCUUUCAAUUAGUUGAUGUGAUUUUCUUACUGUGCUCAAGGUUUGCGCUGUGAUAUCGAUGAAAUUGUAUUUGAUGGUAUUUGAUCAGUUUGAGUUGACAUAUUUGAUGUAUGUUUUUGAAUAGUAGUGACGAUAGAAUUUAAAUUAUUAACUGAUGUGGCUGACUCAAAAUCCAUUACUUCAGAUUGAAUUGUUGCCGAUGAAUUUCUCUUCAUUUUAUUAUGUCUGAUAUAGCAACUUGCACAAAUAACUAUAUCAUCUGGAAGAUAUUUUUGGUAUAAAAUGUGAUAUAAAUGGUUUAUUUGCCUAAACAAAUCUGGACAAUUUCUUAAUGUAUGCUGUCUUUCAUUUCUCAAUUUUGCAUUACACAGCCCACAAGAAAUAUCGGUAUAUGGCAUUAUAUGUUAGAUUUUAAUAUAUCUAUAACCGAAGAAAACGUUUAAUAUUUCAUAAAUUAAAAAUUCUAACUAAGAAAGCGUUAGAUGGAAAAAUAACAAAGAGGAACGAGCAGCAAAAGCCAAGAGCUUUUAUAGUUAAGGUAACCAUCAGUAUUUUUUAUGAAUUUGUUCAAAUGCUCAUUUUUCUUACACCUUCCGUAUUUAUAAACAAAAAAUUAUACUAAACUUAUUCAAGAAUUUAAUGUUUAAAUACAAUUAAUUAAAUACAAUAUUUAAUACAAUUUAUAUUCGUGAAAAAUCUACUUGUUGUCCAAAACAUAUAGAAAAUGGUCAACUCAAACGAUCGGCAAUUGAUAAUUUGAAAGAAGAUGCAUCAAAAUCAUCGAAAGAUGCUUCUAUUCAAGAUUUAUAUGGCCUUUGGCAAGAAAUGCAAAUAGAAUUAAGAAGAUAUCAUGAAAUGAUGUCAAAUAGUCCUCGACCACCAUUAGAUUUUAAUUCACCAUUUCGAUAUACAGAUGAUGAUUAUUUUUGUUUAACUGGUCUAAAUAAGUAUCAAUUCGAUAUGAUACGAAAAAAUUAA